AUGUCUUCACCCACAGCUCGGAGGGGUCGCUCCUCCAAACAAUCAACUGCGUCGCCAGCCCCUUCCCGUGAGCCCCCCAGCAGCCCAACUCAACAGGCUACUCCUCGUGCAGCCAGACGCUUGGCAGAGGAGCGAAAUGUUCUAUCCUCAUCUCCUAUGAUGUAUCAAUCCUCCCCACCCAGAAGCAGCAAUGGCGGAGAGACUCCGGAUGUUCAUAUGGGAGAAGCGAGCUCGACCGUGGAUGAUGGCGAGCGAACCCCUCGUGCGCGCACAGGUCUAGGGAUUAGAGCGCCAAAAAAAACUUACCAUGGAAUAGAAUCAUCCCCAAUUAGUUACGUCGCCAGCUCUAGCCCAACUCGCGGCUUCAACCGCACAGAUAUUCGCUCCGACAAUCGGUCGGAUGCUUACAGUAUAAGCAGCGGGCUGUUUGUCUCGCCAAGUGGCCAGGGUCGUCGAGCUGCUCCUCGUCGGAGUGACCUGCAGUCAAGUGCAUUUGGAACAACCCCCUCUCGCAGAAACCGAAUUUUUGUGGAUUCCAAUGGAGUUCCAUCCGCCGAAGAUGUCCCUCCUUCUGAUGCUACUUUCUCGAACAUCAACCCGGGUACUUCUGAGGCAGAGGCUUUGGCUGGAACCUCCCAGCGUGUGAUCUGGGGUACCAAUAUUUCGAUCCCAGAAUGCAUGUCCGCUUUCAAGAAGUUCCUGUACAACUUCGCCCCAAAAUACCGCAUGUGGGCGGAUGGUGCUUCAGAAGAUGAGACCCGGUUGCUGGGAAGUGCUGUUGAUAAGCCCGAGUAUGUUACCAUGUUAAAUGAUAUGUUGCGACUCGGUGUGAAGACUAUGAACCUCGACCUCAAGAACCUAAAGUCUUACCCCUUGACCCAGAAACUGUGGCGCCAGGUCCAGCAAUAUCCACAAGAACUUAUUCCCGUUAUGGAUCAAGCUGUGAAAGAUGUCAUGGUCGAUCUGGCCCUGAAAAAAAUGGAUGCUCUCCGUUCUGAGAACCAACGCCAACGCGGCCAACCCGUUCUAGCCUCUGACGGUGUGACUCCCCAAGACAAUGUACCUGACCUUGUGACUGAAGUCGAAGAUGGGGACUACAAGGUUCUUCCAUUUGGCUUGGAUGAAACCGUUAAUAUGAGAGACCUUGACCCAGCUGACAUGGACAAGCUGGUCACCAUCAAGGGUUUGGUUAUUCGAGCAACCCCCAUCAUCCCUGACAUGAAGAAUGCUUUCUUCCGCUGCAGCACUUGCAGCCUUGGUGUUCAGGUUGAUAUUGACCGAGGCCGUAUCCAGGAGCCUACCGCUUGCCCCCGAGACUCGUGCAAGUCGAAGAACUCCAUGCAGAUUGUCCACAACCGCUGCUCAUUCACGGACAAGCAAGUUAUCAAGCUCCAGGAAACUCCCGACAGUAUUCCAGAUGGACAAACCCCUCACUCCGUUUCACUUUGUGUGUACGACGAGCUCGUCGACGUUUGCAAGGCUGGUGACCGUGUCGAAGUGACAGGUAUCUUCCGUUGCAACCCCAUGCGCGUGAGCGCUCGCCAGCGCUCUCAAAAGGCCCUCUUCAAGACUUAUAUCGACACCCUUCACGUCCAAAAGGUCGACCGCAAGAAAUUGGGCAUCGACAUGUCGACUGUCGAGCAAGAGUUGUCCGAGCAAGCGGCCGAGGCUGGUCAGACCCGCAAAAUCUCCGCCGAAGAAGAGGAGAAGAUCAAGUUGACUGCCUCUCGCCCGGAUAUUUACGAGCUACUCUCCCGAUCGGUGGCUCCUAGUCUUUACGAGAUGGAUGAUAUUAAGAAGGGAAUUCUGUUACAAAUGUUUGGCGGCACUAAUAAGACCUUCCAGAAGGGCGGUAAUCCUCGCUACCGUGGAGACAUUAACAUUCUUCUCUGUGGUGAUCCUUCGACUGCAAAGUCUCAGCUCCUGCGCUACGUACACAAGAUUGCCCCCCGCGGUGUGUACACUAGCGGUAAGGGUUCCUCGGCGGUCGGUCUCACAGCCUAUGUGACCCGUGAUCCCGAGACUCGCCAGAUGGUGCUGGAAUCCGGUGCCCUGGUUCUCUCCGAUGGCGGUACUUGCUGCAUUGACGAGUUCGACAAGAUGAACGAAGCUACACGAUCGGUCCUCCACGAGGUGAUGGAGCAGCAGACUGUUUCCAUUGCCAAGGCCGGUAUCAUUACCACCUUGAAUGCCCGCACAUCAAUUCUGGCGUCCGCCAACCCCAUCGGCAGUCGCUACAACCCCAAAUUGCCCGUACCACAAAACAUUGAUCUACCUCCCACCUUGCUCUCUCGUUUCGAUCUUGUCUACCUCGUCUUGGACCACGUGGAUGAGACUGAAGAUCGCCGGUUGGCGAAGCACUUGGUUGGUAUGUAUCUGGAGGAUCGUCCGGAGAACGCAAACGCGGAAGAAGUGCUUCCCAUUGAAUUCCUCACGGCCUACAUUACCUACGCCAAAACUCAGAUCCAACCUGCUCUGACUCCGGCCGCUGGUGCUGCGUUGGCUGACGCCUAUGUCGCCAUGCGCCAGUUGGGUGAUGACAUCCGGGCCACUGAGCGCCGUAUCACGGCUACUACUCGUCAACUGGAGUCUAUGAUCCGCUUGUCAGAGGCACAUGCUCGCAUGCGCUUGUCAUCCGAGGUGACUGUUGGUGACGUUGACGAAGCCGUGCGUCUGAUUCGCUCGGCCAUCAAGCAAUCUGCCACCGAUUCUCGGACUGGUCUGAUCGAUAUGGGCCUGCUUACCGAAGGUACCAGUGCCAGCGAGCGUCGUUUGCGGGAGGAUUUGAAGAAGGCUGUGCUUGGCCGUCUAAGCGAUCGUGGAGGUGUGAACCAUGCCCCAGUGCGCUGGAAUGAACUGUUCCAGGAUAUGGUUCAACAGAGCGACGUGCCACUUGACAACCAGCAAUUCAAUGAUGCAGUCCGAUCGCUCGAGGCAGAGGGGUCUGUGCAUGUAUUGGGCGAGGGAGGCCGGCGGAGUAUUCGUAAGGCGGCCCUGGGGAUGUGA